UAUCGCUCCGUUCUGUCAAGUGCCAGAACAGCAAUUCGAAGCUUCGCAAUGCGAAGCGCGCGCGGCAUUACUAAUAAGACAUGGGUUUCUUGGAGGAUACAUUCGUGAUUCUUGUUACACAGGUCAUCUUCUUCUUAGGAGGAUGGGUGUUUUUUGUAAAAAAGUUAUUUCGAGAUUACGAAGUUCACCACAGAUUAGUACAGUUAAUUUUCUCCACAACGUUUGCAUUGUCUUGUACUAUGUUUGAGCUCAUUAUUUUUGAAAUAAUAGGAGUUCUCGAUUCUAGUUCUAGAUAUUUUCAUUGGAAUACUGGCCUCUAUAUGCUUUUAUUUAUGGUAAUCGUUCUGAUUCCAUUUUAUAUAGCAUACUUUAUUAUCAGUAAUAUUAGAUUUGUAAGACUGAAAUUAAUAAGGCCAUUAACAGUGAUUAUAUAUCUUUUUUAUCUGUAUCUCUUUUGGAAAGUGGGAGAUCCAUUUCCAAUUUUAAGUCCGAAAAAGGGUCUACUGUCUAUUGAGCAGGGUGUUAGCCGAAUAGGAGUAAUUGGAGUGACUGUGAUGGCACUUCUAUCAGGAUUUGGUGCUGUAAAUUAUCCAUAUACCUCUAUGGCUUAUUUUAUGAGGCCUGUGACAUAUGCUGAUGUACAAGCUAUAGAAAGGCGACUAUUGCAAACAAUGGACAUGAUUGUUGCCAAGAAAAAAAGAAUAGCCCUGACUAAAAAAGGAGAAGUUGUAGGACAGGUUGAAGCACGGUCUAGAUUGUGGGGUAUGCUAGGGCCUCUAAGUGGCACCAAAAGUAAUCAAGAGAGUAUUAAACAGUUACAAGCAGAAGUGAUGGCAUUAGAGGAAUUGUCUCGACAAUUAUUCUUAGAAGCACAUGACAUUCAGAACGCCAGAGAACGUUUAGAAUGGGCAGCUACUUGGCAAGGAAAAUAUUUCAAUGUUUUGGGAUAUUUCUUCUCUGCCUAUUGUACUUGGAAGAUAUUCAUUUCAACAAUUAACAUAGUGUUCGAUCGCGUGGGCAGGAAGGAUCCUGUAACCAGAGCAAUUGAAAUUGCUGUUCAUUGGAUGGGUUUUAACAUUGAUGUUACGUUUUGGUCGCAGCACAUUUCAUUUUAUCUUGUCGGCUGCAUUGUCUUAACAUCAAUUCGUGGUUUAUUACUGACUCUUACGAAGUUUUUUUAUGCUAUAUCGAGUAGUAAAUCAUCGAAUAUUAUUGUACUUAUACUUGCUCAAAUAAUGGGUAUGUAUUUCGUAUCGUCUGUACUUUUAAUGCGGAUGAACAUGCCUGCGGAAUAUCGUAUCAUAAUCACCCAAGUUCUAGGAGAAUUGCAAUUUAAUUUUUAUCAUAGGUGGUUCGACGUAAUCUUCUUAGUAUCCGCAUUAUCCUCAAUAGUGUUUUUGUAUUUAGCUCAUAAGCAAGCACCGGCAGAACGUGUUUAAUAUAAUA